AUGAAUGCAAUUGUGUCUCUUGUUCACUUUUGCGAAGCUGACGGCCCUAGUGUGAUAUUUUGUACUCAGGCUUUUCAUGAUAACGCUGCAGAAGACAUCGAAGAAUGCAUUUCUGCUAGCAAUGGCAGGAGUUCUCCAGUUCCUGCCCGAACUAUCCCAGAAAAAGAAAAUGGCACUCUUUCUAAUAAAAAGGAUUUGCCGAAUGCUGCUAGAUCGAGGCCAGCUUCUUGUGCUUCCUGCGCAUUUUCAUUACCACCGCCUGACACUUUAGGUGAUAUAAAAGUGCUUAACUAUUCUGAAAAAAAGGGGUUCAAAACUGAGGAUGACGAAAACCCUUUAAUCACAUAUGUUGGUUCUCGAUAUCCACAACAUCCGCAGUUAUAUUCUGCGGGUCCUGUGUUAUUUGGUGAUGAUAAGAAUGGCUAUGUCCUUAGUUAUAUGUUUAAAAUUAAGGAUAGUCAAGCCAGAGGAUUCCAGCGAUUGUAUACGACUGAUCUUCAAUUAAAGGCUAGCCAAAUAUUUGAGAAGGAAGGCGCCACACUUUCACCUUCAUCACCAGAUAAAGAUAUUAACAGGGCAAUUGAAUUCAACUUAGAAAAUGGCAUUGAUGAGCAUACCAUUGGAAUUGUGAAUGUCAACGGCUCUUAUUCACCGUCUAAUUUAUACAUCAACCAAUUAUCAGAAAUAUUAAACCUUAAUUUGCCUCCUGAACUUAUGAAUAUGCGACUAGAAAUGUUUAAAGAAGAAUGGUCAAGAUUUAUCAUAACCGGAACUAAUGUAGAUCCCGGUGCUGAUAAACCUGUCAAUGGUCUUAUAGCCAGUAAUUCGCUUAAACAACGAGAAUUGAUUAAAUGUCUAAACGUUAAUGAAAUUGAUUUGCCCACUUUGAAAUUUUUAUCAGAUU